AUGUUGAGAGCUUUCAAAUCAUCAAGAGCCCCAAUGGCCAGUCGAUUGAACCAAUACGUAACAAGACAGUUUCCUAAAAGUUCAUAUUCCACCGUCGCUGCCGGUGAACAAGACGUCAUCUUCAAGAAUGAAAAUACUGCCAGAAUUGUCACUUUGAACAGACCAAACAAGUUAAAUGCUUUGAAUACCAGUAUCGUUAAUAAAAUCAUCCCAAGAUUGUUGGAAUACCGUGCCAGUAAUUCCACCAAUGCCAUUAUCAUCAACUCUUCGUCUUCGAAGGCUUUCUGUGCUGGUGGAGAUGUCGCUCAAGCAGCUAAAGAUGUCAUUGAAGGCAACCCCGAAUCUGCUCUUGAUUUCUUCUACAAAGAAUAUUCCAUGAACUAUUUAUUAUCAAUUUACCCAAAACCAAUUGUUAGUUACAUGGAUGGUAUCACAAUGGGUGGUGGUGUUGGUUUAUCAGUUCACGCUCCAUUCAGAGUGGCUACUGAAAACACCAGAAUCGCCAUGCCAGAAAUGGAUAUUGGUUUUUUCCCUGAUGUUGGAACCAGUUUCUUUUUACCAAGAAUGGAUGGUAACUUGGGUAAAUAUUUAGCCUUCACCGGAGAAUCAUUGAAUGGUGUUGAUAACUUGAUUGCCGGUUUUGCUACCCAUUACGUCCCAAGUGUUAGAUUGGAAGAAUUGACUAAAAGAUUGGGAGCUUUGAACAUUCCACAAAACGAAUUGUUGAAUUCAUUCUCGGAAGGUAAGUUCGAAGAUAUUUCUGCGAUCAAUGAAAAAGUAGGAGAAUACCAUGCUAUUGUUAACAACGCGAUUGAGGAAUUCACCGAUCCAAUUCCAAGCGAUCACAAAUUCAAGUUAUCCAAUGAACAACGGAACUUUGUCGAUAAGAUUUUCGCUUUCAAGAACACCGAAGAGAUUUUCAAAAGUUUAAUUGACGAGAUCCACAAUGUCGAGGCUAGUGAAACCACUGUUCAAUUUGCUCAACAACUAUUGGACACUUUACAAUCUAAAUCUUUGCUAUCCUUGAAAAUCGCCAAUGAAUUGUUGAACGCCGGUGCCAAUUAUAACAACAAAGCGGCUAUCACCCAAGAAUUGAUUGUCGCCGAAAACUUAUUGUUGAACUCUCAAUCUAAUGAUUUCAUCGAAGGUGUCAGUAAAAAAUUGAUUGAAAAAACUAAUGCUCCAACUUGGAAAUACAAGGAAUUGAGUGAAAUCCCAAUACAAGAAAUCCACUCGUUAUUCACCAACAAGUCAUCGAUCAAAUAUAGCGAAUUGCAAGACUUUGGUAAUGGUCAAUUCUUGAAUUCUUACAGACAUUAUCCUUUCAACAUGGGUUUGCCAAGUGAAACGGAGAUUAAAGAUUACAUCACCGGGAAUGAUGGCUCAAAGAGGGAUUAUGCCCCAACUAGAAAAGAAGUUCUUAACAAAUUCACUACCAAAUAUCACAAUAAGGUAGGAGUGAACUGGAAGGUCAACAAUGUUUUGGAAAGAAAAACUAAAGAACACGAAUUUGACUCUCAAUACAUCAAUUGGAUUGAAGAGUAA